AAAGAGGAGAAAGCCAGAGAGCAGAACUGCGGCGGCACGAUGGGGAUAUUCAGCCUGCGUGGGCUCCGUCGCUGAGCCGUCCGGAGUUCAGCCACAGUAUGUGUGUGCCUGCUCGUGUGUGCAUGCAUGCAUGUGUGAGUGAGUGAAAGCCCCUGCCGACACCGUGUGGAGAAAGGGAAGAAGACGAAAAGAGACCGGGUGGAGAGAAGGGGGAAAAAAAAAAAAAAAAGAGGGGGAGUGUUGACUCUGUCUCGGGCUUAGAGGAGGCUCACGCUACUGGAUCAUAGACGCCGAUGUGCAACAACUACUCCCAACUACUGCUGCCCCUGCUCCACCUGCGUGCCACUGCCUGACUGUCCUCUUUAACUUCUGCCAUGGCAUAGCCUCCUCUUCCAGCUCGCUUCUGAUCUACUGAGGAAACAGGCAUGCAUGGGCACAACCAGGGAUCUAGGCUAUCACAUCCUUUACGUCAGUAAUUCACAGUCUGAGGAAACAUGGUGAGCAAGGAGGGUGGCAAAUGCAUGCUCACCAACUCAGAGUCUGACUCGGAGGCAGCGCCCGUGCCCUCCACUUCGCUGGCGCUGGAGGUAAAGUAUUCCCUGGAAGCCAAUCGACAGGUGAGGAAGAGAAACAAGGCCUUGCAAGUGCGUUUCAAGGACAUCUGCGAGGCGCAGAACGAGCAAAGAGAGGCAGAGUUGCAGGCAGCAGGGAAAAGUGGCAAACCAAUGUCAUACAAAGUGGCAUACCGCAAAUACAUGACUGUCCCUGCACGCAGAUCGAUUCCUAACGUCACAAGGAGCACAGGUGUUCAGACGUCACCCGACCUGAAGAAACGGUAUCAGACGUUUCCCUUUGAGCGCAAAAAAGGACAUACCUUUAAGCAUGUGGCGGCCGUGGAAACUUAUAAAGGUCAGAAUAACGGUUUUAUCAUGGAGGUGAAGCAGUCUAAGGCACCUGAGCAGGGUUUAGAUGAGGAGGAGGAGGGGGCCUGUGGGGGGAGCGGAGUCCUGAGGACCAGGGCUCUGCUCCAUACUAAUGAGUGCAUUGCCACAGUGGAGCAGCACACUGCACCUGAUGGCCUGUGCUCUGACGCUCUGCUGCUCAGUUGCACUGCAGACACAGACUGCCUUGCAGACACACCGAGAGGAAGCGGAGCUGGAGCACAGGCAGAGUACCAGCUCUGCAGCAUACCUUCCAAAGCCAGAACAGGAUUACAACACAGGGAGGCCGACACAGACCGCUCGGCCAAGAGGCAGCUGCUCAAUCUGGAGGAGGGCUCAUCCCGAACCCUGCCGGACAGGGCCUCCAAGGUUACGGGCCCCAUCGCCUGGAACUCCCUCACCCAGGUGGAGUGCCUGGACAGUCCAUCUGUACGGAGCAAGCGAAAGAAAGGCCUGCAGCUCAACGGGCUGUCGAGUGAGACGUUACCACGAUCCCGUGGAGGCUGUAAAACACAGGCACAGUGCCACACGGGGCAGUUAUCUGCCCGGCCUAUACGGGGCAUGGAGGAACCUCUGUCACCCUGCAUAGGCGGUGAGGCUGAUGGAACGCCAACCGACCAAACGCAGGAAACCUGUAAGCAAAUAGUGCCUAUGAAUCAGGACGGGGACGUUAAAGCACAGCUCCAGGCCAUGGAAAAUCUCAUCAGCUCCAGCCAAGAGACCAUCAAGGUGCUGCUGGGGGUCAUCCAGGAACUGGAAAAAGGAGAGGCCCACAGAGAAGGACUCUCCUAUCGAACCGGACAGGACACGGCCAACUGUGACACAUGCCGGAACAGCGCAUGCAUUAUUUACAGUGUUGAACUGGAUUUCAAGCAACAGGAGGACAAGCUACAACCACUGAUGAAGAGGCUUUUCCCAACAGAGGACACCCACUUUCCCCCCCUGCCUUACCCUCAGGAGGCCUUCACCUCCACCCCAAAACGCAAGUCCAAAGCUGAUUCCAAGAAACACGCUCGAUGGAAACUUUGGUUCCUGUGACGACAAAAAACCAUGUUCCCCUCCACCACCGUGCACAGGAUUUAAGUGUCCAUCCGAUCAUCCGUUUUUGUUUGGUUUAUUCAUCAACUUCUUUUAUAUCUAUUUGGAUGUAGACCUGGUAUUAAUGAAGACCUUGACCGGAUAUCGAACCCUUUUCUGAGAUGACAGGAUGUUUAAUGAGACACGAGUGUGGAUCCCACGGAAAAUUCAAAAUGUCAUGCUUACAAAAAAUGGAUUCUGAGUUAUUUUGAACUAAUUUCUUCAAACAGGGUGUGAAAUUACACCAAGGAAACAUAUUUGGAGAUCGGCAAGGUGAGAAGAUGAAUUUGAUUUCCCGAUGUCUAUUUGCAUAUAUAUAUAUUUUCUUCUUCUAGCUGACGUCAACUGGGUUCUGUUCUGUAAUGGUUCUGUGCCCUUCACAUUUCUAUUCAUCAGUUGGGACUUUCUUCCCAGCCUCCAGGAGAGGUUGGCAGAUCAACCAUAAUGCUCUGAGGCCUCCAUAAACAGCAUAUCACUGUACUGCAAAGCACAAUUAGAACUGUUCAGGAUACAUUUUCUCCAGAAUAAUUAAAAAGAACUAUUUUGAGUAAUAACUCACAUAUGUAGAUUGUCUACUAACCAUGCAGAGUGAAGACUUUCAUAUCUAUAUAAAGAAGAGACCUAAAGGACAAAAUAUCAGAGAUGUUUAUCGGAGUUCUACAGUCAACUUUUUAUCCAUCGCUAAAACGUCUCCUUGAAUCCACUGACUUUGAAGGAAAAAAAAAACAAAACAAAAGAAGAAAGAACACUUAUUUUCUUAAUAUUUGCAAAGUUAAACAUCAAUGUACUUUUUUCUAUAUAAAUAUAUCUAUAUACAUUCACUUUAAGAUUUAGCAAAAUGUAUUUAUUUGAGCUGCAGUGACGGGAGCUGUGCAGCUCAAACACUACAGUGCAAAAGGAAGUCAAUCAUUUCAUAAUUCUCAACUCGUUUCCAUGCAUCGCAAAGUUCGUACUAACCUCACGUAUGCAUAUGGUCAUUAAACACCAAGAAAAGACAAAAACCCAUUCAUUGGUAUAAAAGCAUAGACACACAGAGAAAACUGUUACUGUUAUGAAACCAACUAUAAUAAACAGUUGGUUUUCAGCACAUGCGAGAGGAUAGUUUUGAUUGUAUUGCUGCAGUAUCCUGUAUCAGCUACUAUAAUAGCUACUGAAACCAAGCCAGAGAAACUGAAUGUGCCACUUCUGAUCACAACCAGGGCUUCUACAGUGCAGGGUGGCAGGCUUAUAGCCUUGCAUGCUUUUUACAACCUUUGAAUUUUGCAGGAUAUUUUCUAGCUUUUAAAACAAUUUUUAAUGAGAUUGACAAAAUCUUUCCCUCCCCCCAUGUCCCUUUAUUAUUGUUAUAAUUAGUUCCUGCUCAUUGCUUUGCAUCUAUUCGACUGUAAAGUAAAAACCAUGUGCAGUAACUCCACAGCGGGUUCAACAACUACGUACAGCCAAAACAACAUGUGCAUUUACUAUACCUUCAUGUGAAAAAGUGAGAACAUCCGAUAAGAACGAUUCGUUUUUGGACGGACAAACAUUUUAUCCUCUUUGAAAUAGUGCUCAUUAACAAAGGUGCUAAUCUGAAGUAAAAAAAAGAAAAGAAAGAAACAUACAUGCACACACCCAAGUGCAAAUCAGUCGAAUUUACUGUCUAUUAACACACCAAAACAAUUUGGGCUUCCAGGUUUGGUGUCAGUGAUUAGACCCUACACAGGCUUUGCGAGGGUAUGUUGAUUAAGGUGCCAUAAAGCAAAAAUCUCUGAGCAGUCUCUGAGAACCACUAAAUUUUAAUGACAAGAUUUGCAGGUAACUCUUGCAGCGUUGAAGUGCUCAUGUUUACAAUCAUGACAUGCAUGAGAGAUAUGUCAAGAGAGCUGUUUGGCCACAACAGUAGAGAGAACAUUUUUGAAGAGAAAAGCCUUUUACAAUCUGUGAAUCCAGGUCGUUAUGCUUCGAGGACACUUUGCUUGCUGGGACUGGGCAGCUUGCAUUCAUUUUCUCAAGUGUGAAUUCUUUAUUAUAUCAAAGAAUUUUAAAGGAUUAUUUGAAGAUACAUGAAUGAAAGUUGAAGCUGAACUAGAAGUGGACCUGAAGAAGUAUACAUAAAGUGUAUGGAAAUGGUCUUAAAUCUUACUGAAGAAUGUGAAACAGGCAGAACAAGUUCAAACAUCAAACAUUAUUCAUUGAAGAUUUGGCAAAAAUUUCAGUAAUUCAAAGACUUUUAGACAAUUACUGCCUUGCUGACCCAGGCCUAGAAACCAGUCAGCAACCCCCCCUCCAAUCGCUAGGGAACAGUGUGUAUUCUUUGACUUGCUGAUGACUGCUCGAAGUUGCUGCCCGACACUUGGUAAAGUCUAUUUCCUGAACCAACAACCAAAACAUUUCAAAAGGCACAACUUUUACUUUGAAAUCAAACGGCCUCUUUCCAGUUUGUGCCACACUUUUCACAGUUUUAUUACUGCUUGGCAAGAAGUUUUUCAAGUCUUUACAGCCAAGUCGGCGUCUUCCAUGCACAGUAAGCGACCGCGGCAACCUGAAAGUGACCAAUCACAAAGAGGUUUUUGGUGCAGCACUGCAUAUCUCCAUGCACCGUGACCAAUUUCACGCUAGCAGCUACCAACAACCUUCAGAAUAGACACUUUUUCCUAGUGAGCAACGGUUGCCCAGGAUAUACUGACCAGACUCGGCCUGUCCGGCCUCUUUGAUGCUUUAAUAAUGGAUUUCACAGUGACUGCAGCCAACCUCUAGCAAUCACUCGCAACUUGAGAAUACACGUUUUCUUUCCUGGUUGCCACAUGGUUGCUAAUGAGUCUCCUGGCUUGUGUGGCUGAGGCUUACAUAAAGCACCUAUAAUAAAUGCCUAUUUAAAAAGAUGGCAACUCUAGUUUCUUAAGGCUGAGGAUGUACUUGUGUUUCAACAGAUAAUAACAUAUUACUUUAUAUUUUAUUGUAUGUUUUUGGUUAUCAUGUUCUUUAAGUAUACUGCCUUUAUCUGUAGGAGCCAUUUCAAUUCAAAGAGGAUCUAGUGUGUGCUGGUCCAGAUAUUUAAACAAGUAAUCAGUUUCCAUGGGAUGUUCUUACUUACUCACAUCACUGUAUGUAAAUAUAUAUUACACAAUAUCAAAUAGUGCUAAAAAACAUUUCAAGUGUGGGAUAACAGCCAAUAUCUAAAGAGAAAAAACAAAAACGUAAUAGCUGAUCACUCUAAAAGACACAACCACUGCCCUAGAAGACAGGAAAUAUGCCAAAGUGGUUUCAAGGACAUAAAAAAUGUACAACAACAAUAUCCAGCAAACUACUAGCUAUCACUGGCUUGACCUUCACAAGCUCCAACAUGCUGCAUUUUGUUAGUUACAUAUAUUUCACAACUUCACUCUUGUAUAUGCUAGGUUGGUUUCUUUCAGUAGUUAUACUGUAGCAUCAAGAGAGAACUAGAUGUUUAUCUGUAUCUUAAAGAAGUGCAAUUGAUUUAUUAUGUGCAAUACUGUGUCUUUUAUA